UCCCCCAGUCUCCAAUUCUUUUUUUCCUCUCUUGAGCCCCCUCGUUCGCAUUCCCUUCUACUCGGCGCAUUUAUAAAUUGGAAUUCGCAUCCACCUCGGUUGCUCUCCGUCUUCCACGAUUUCCAUCUGCAUUGCUUGCUUGUCGCGAAUCGUAACACCCCACCGUGCCGAGCUACAACAACGGCAGUAGACAAGAUGCCCGGCAGCUCCCGCAUUCCCGCAAGCUUGCGUGAAGGACUGAACCAAGUCAAGCGUAGUCGGCAAGCGAGUCCCCUGUUGGUCCUGAACCUCGACUUGUUGCGCAACAUCAUCUUCUUCCUCUUCGUCUGGCGAUGGACGCGCAAGACGUUCCUGAAGCUCAAGGGCCGCGGCCUGAUUGGCAGCAUUGUCGAAAUCUACAUUGAUAUCCGCAGAGUUCUGUACGGCUACUUCCUGCGCGCCCCCGGCGUCCGCGGCCAGGUCCAGAAGCAGGUCAACGAGACCAUGGCGAAACUGCAGACCAAGAUGAUCCCCGCGAACCUCACCCGAUACCUGACCCUACCCAAGGAGGGCUGGUCCGAAGACGACGUCCGAAAGGAGCUCGAUACUCUGGCGAACAUGGACCACACGAGAUGGGAGGAUGGCUUCGUCUCUGGCGCUGUCUACCACGGCGAGGACGAGCUGUUGAAGCUGCAGACUGAGGCGUUUGGCAAGUUCACCGUCGCGAAUCCCAUUCACCCGGAUGUCUUCCCAGGCGUGAGGAAGAUGGAGGCUGAGGUUGUUUCCAUGGUUCUGUCCAUGUUCAACGCUCCUCCCGGCGCUGCCGGUGCCACCACCAGCGGUGGUACCGACAGUAUCUUGUCGGCCUGCCUCGGCGCGCGCCAAAGAGGGUACUUUGAGAAGGGUAUCACUGAGCCUGAGAUGAUCCUGCCCGAAACCGCCCACACUGCGUUCCGCAAGGCAGGUGACUACUUCAAGAUCAAGAUCCACUACGUUUCCUGCCCUGCGCCCAACUACCAAGUCGAUGUCCGCGCGGUCUCCCGCCUGAUCAAUAGCAACACUGUCCUCUUGGUUGGUUCCGCACCGAACUUCCCUCACGGUAUCAUCGAUGACAUCAGCGCUCUGUCCAAGUUGGCUAUCAAGAAGAAGCUGUGCCUCCACGUCGACUGCUGUCUCGGUUCCUUCAUGGUUCCUUUCUUGGACAAAGCCGGUUUUGAGACCGAGCUCUUUGAUUUCCGUCUCAAGGGAGUCACGAGCAUCAGCUGCGACACUCACAAAUAUGGAUUUGCGCCCAAGGGCAACUCUACGGUUUUGUACAGGUCCGCGGAACUCCGCAAAUACCAGUACUACGUGUCGCCAGAUUGGUCUGGCGGUGUGUACGGUUCUCCUGGUAUGGCCGGCUCGCGUCCAGGUGCCCUGAUUGCCGGUUGCUGGGCUAGUUUGAUGAAGGUCGGUGAGGCUGGUUACAUUGACGCUUGUGUCAAGAUCGUCGGCACUACCAAGAAAAUCAUUGAGAAGAUUCGCGAGACACCAGCGCUGGAUAACGAGCUAGAGAUUCUGGGCAAACCUUUGGUAUCCGUUGUCGCCUUCACCGCUAAGAAUCUCAACGUUUACGACAUUGCCGACGGCAUGUCAGAGAAGGGCUGGCACUUGAACGCUCUUCAGAACCCUCCCGCAAUCCACGUCGCCGUUACUCUGCCAAUUACCAAGGUCUACGAGAAGUUGUUGGCCGAUCUUGAGGCUGUUGUCGAGGCCGAGAAGGAAAAGGAGAGAGUUCGCGCCGUUGAGGGUAAGGGUGUCAAGGGCAAGGCCGUCGGUGACUCGGCUGCUUUGUAUGGUGUUGCCGGAUCCCUGCCGAACAAGAGCGUAGUUGUUGACUUGGCCAACGGCUUCUUGGACCUGUUGUACAAAGCAUGAAGAAGGAAGCAGAAAAUCGGUUGGGAGUUUUGUAAGUGCAUUAGCUGGCGAGCAUUCGAUCUGGACUCGGGUUGGACAAAGCCCCAGUAACAUAUA